AUGCACACAUGGCUGAGGCUGUCCCCUGUCCCCAUGCAGAUGGUGAUGUCCCCGAGGCCGUGGCGCGUGCUGGUGGCUGUGGCCCUUUGCGCCCUGCUGUGCCUGGGGACGCUGGCGGCUGCCUACCCCCCCAAACCCGAGAGCCCCGGGGACGACGCCUCCCCCGAGGAGAUGGCCAAGUACUUCUCGGCCCUGCGCCACUACAUCAACCUGGUGACACGGCAGAGGUACGGCAAACGCGCCAGCCCCGAGGCCAUAGUGUCGGAGCUGCUUCUCGGGGCCAGCAGUGACAGGUCACGGUACGACGAUGACUCCGUGUGGUGACUGGCCUCCCUCCAGCCCCCCUGUCCCCUGAAUCCUCCCCGUCCUUCCAUGUCUCCCUAAGGGACCCAGGGCUCUGCCGCAGGGUGGGCCCCAGCACUCAGGGCCAGCGCGGGCCCCCCUGCCAGG